UGGCAAUUGGCAUUUACAAAUGUUUUGAUUUUAACUCUCUUUUUGCCGCCAGUUUCAGGAAACGAGCAGUAGCGUGCCUUGUACGAAUAAUACUAGCUUAACACUCGAACUCUCGCAUACUUCUUCCCCGCGCUCUCUACUUUCUCCCUGCAACUGCAUAAUCUCCUUAAAUCAAUGGAAGACGAAGAAGAACAACUUAGUAUUCAUUCAAUUUCCGACGCCUCAGACUCCGAUGUAGAAUUUCUUGAUGACGACGAUAACGAGCAACACUCAACCGAUGAAAAUGGUGAAAAUCAUGUCGAUUGUAACAUUUCCGAUGAUGAUGAUCUCAAGUCGCAAAAUGUUGCUGCCCUAGUUAGAGGAAACUUCAUUGUGAGACGACAGUCGUUGCUUCCGCAAGUUUUGUCGGUAUCGGAUGGGCCAGCUGUGGCAAGAAAACCUUUUAAACCACCAUUUUCCAAGGGGUUGAGUAAUUCCCAUGACGACCUAAUUCGGCGGCUUCUGGCUCGAAAACGAUUUGUUCCGUGGCGUGCCACAGGCGUUCCUGUGUCGCCAUUAGUGAAUUAUAAACUUCCACAAGUUGAUGAGAAAGAUGAUAAUGAGGAAGUCAUGAUUUUGCCUCCUGAAAUUGAGCCAUUGGUUUUAUGGCAACCUGAAGAAUUUAAGAAUGAUUUGACACCGAUAGUUGUCGAUCCUUUGCUUGUUCGGUUCCUUCGACCCCAUCAAAGAGAAGGUGUACAGUUUAUGUUCAGAUGUGUCUCUGGAUUACAUUCCGCUGCAAAUAUCUUUGGAUGCAUUUUGGCUGAUGAUAUGGGUUUGGGGAAAACUCUGCAAUCUAUCACAUUGCUUUAUACUCUUCUUCGCCAAGGCUUUGAUGGAAAACCUAUGGUUAAAAAGGCAAUUAUAGUUACUCCAACAAGUCUUGUGAGCAACUGGGAGGCAGAAAUUAAAAAGUGGGUUCAAGAAAGAGUUCAGCUUAUUGCCUUAUGUGAAAGCAGCCGAGAGGACGUUAUAUCCGGAAUAGCCAACUUCACAGAUCCACGCAGUACAACACAGGUUUUGAUUGUUUCGUACGAGACUUUUAGAAUGCAUGCUCCAAAAUUUAGCCAUCCUGGAUCAUGUGACCUCCUCAUUUGUGAUGAGGCUCACAGGCUAAAAAAUGACCAGACUAUCACAAACAAGGCAUUGGCUUCUCUUAUAUGCAAGCGCCGCAUUUUGUUGUCCGGUACACCAAUGCAGAAUGACCUUGAAGAGUUUUAUGCCAUGGUCAAUUUCACUAAUCCUGAAAUCUUAGGCGACACUGCACAUUUUCGGAGGUAUUAUCAGGCACCCAUUCUGAGUGGAAGAGAACCCAUAGCCACUGAUGAGGAAAAGAAGAUUGGUUUUUCACGUUCAGAGGAAUUGAGUGCCAUAGUAAAUCAGUUUAUAUUGAGGAGAACUAAUGCAUUGUUGUCCAAUCAUCUACCACCAAAGAUAGUUCAAGUUGUUUGUUGCAAACUAACUCCUUUGCAGUCGGAUCUGUACAACCAUUUUAUACAAUCUAAAAAUGUGAAAAGGGUUAUUAGUGAUGUAACAAAGCGAUCGAAAGUAUUAGCAUAUAUUACAGCCCUCAAGAAGCUUUGCAAUCAUCCGAAGCUCAUAUACGAUACAAUAAAAGCUGGACAUUCAGGAAUAUCAGACUUUGAAAACUGCUUGAGCUUUUUUCCUCCAGAAGUUUUUUCCGGAAGAUCUGGAGCAUGGUCUGGUGGUAAUGGCCUUUGGAUUGAGCUAUCUGGGAAAAUGAAUGUACUAGCACGUUUAUUGUCUCAGUUGCGUCAAAAAACAGAUGACAGGAUAGUCCUAGUUUCAAACUAUACCCAGACACUUGACCUUUUUGCUCAACUGUGCCGUGAGAGAAGAUACCCUUACCUGAGACUUGAUGGAGCAACAUCAAUUAGCAAACGCCAGAAGUUGGUCAACAGUUUUAAUGAUCUUGCAAAGGAUGAAUUUGCUUUUCUCUUAAGCAGUAAAGCUGGUGGUUGUGGGCUGAACUUGAUCGGAGGAAAUCGACUGGUCUUGUUUGAUCCGGAUUGGAACCCUGCCAAUGAUAAACAAGCUGCUGCAAGAGUUUGGAGGGAUGGGCAAAAGAAGAGAGUGUACAUCUACAGGUUUCUGAGCACUGGAACCAUCGAAGAGAAGGUGUACCAGCGUCAGAUGUCAAAGGAAGGGCUUCAGAAAGUUAUUCAGCAGGAGCAAGGUGAUGGUGACAAGGGGAACUGUUUUUCAACGGAAGAUCUACGUGAUUUGUUUACGUACCAUGUGAAUGUGAGGUCUGAGAUUCAUGAGAAGAUGAAUUGUGUUCGAUGUGGAAAUAUCGACUCCACACAAAGUGGCAUGCAUGAGAGCACAGUAAAGGUCAAUGGAAUUGAAACUUCCACUGAAGAUUACCUAUCUGAACCAAAUGUUGCUGAUAUCGGUGGGUUUGCAGAAAUUUCUGGAUGCUUGCAUAUGUUAAAAAGCUCGCAGAAACAGGUGGGGUCUCCUACUGAAGAGGAUUUGCUCAACUGGGCUCAUCACUCAUCUCCCACUUCAGUUCCCGAUGUUUUAUUCCAAGCCGCAGCUGGUGAUGAGGUCAGUUUUGUGUUUACAAACCAAAUAGAGGGGAAGCUUGUCCCUGUAGAAUCCAUGCGCCGCCCUAAGAUGCAAGCAGUGGAGGAGAGUAGGACGUCAAACAAUUUUAAACGGUCCGAUUCAGAGGAAUAUAUGAAGCAGAAAUUGCCAGUGGUUUCAGCCAAGCCUGUGCAAAUCAGACCCCUGAAAUCAAUUAGGAGUUCUUUGAAAGAUGUGACAAAUCUAUCAUGGAGGACAAAGCUGCCUCUCAGCAAGCAGCUACCUCUGAAAAGAUCAUGUCAUACUAGAGAAGGCUAUAUUGUUGUGGACUAAUGAUAAUUUUGACUGGGUUGCACAGUUCAAUGUGAUAGUGGAUGUUGGUGAUAAUUAUCUUUGUGGUGGUAUUAAACCAACAGGGUAAAGAGGUUCUGUACAUGCUGUUGUUAUGUAAGCGCGGGUUCUAUCAGAAGAUGUGAUCUGUCACGAUCCAUGAAAUCUUGCCUCUUCUGGAGAUACUUGCCUCAAAUCUUAUUCACUUUACCCAAAGGCUCGUCAAAGCUCUAGAGUUUGACAUAAUUUAAUGGUGUGAUCUGCCAAGAUUCAUGAAGUCUUGCCGCUUCUGGAGAUACUGGCCUCAAAGCUUACACUUUGCCCAAGGCUCGUCAAAGCUGAGCUGACAGAACAGAAUAUCAACAGAUAGUAAACAAGAAACCCUUGCUCAGCUGGCUCCUGCCGUCCUGCGAGUAUCAAACAACACAACACCAAGAACGUGCUUACCUCACUCUUGAGUCAUGACUGGGCGUAAGUCUGUGCUAGUGUACAGUGGACCUGUUGGCAGUUUGGACAUCUAGUAAGGGCGGGCGUCAUUAAGUUGAAAGGAUGAUGUCUUGAGUAUUGUUGUGCGUAAAAAAAUCAAUCAGUUGACGUCUGAUGGCAUUGAAUUAAUUUUUAUCUCCCUCAUUCUUACUCAUUUUCUUCUCAUUUUUUAGAAUGUAUAUUAAAUUGUUAGUUUUUUCACAAGUGUAAUCCUGUACAAUGCAAAAACUGUUAAUACUAUAAAUUAUACCUGGAUAGUUUUCACUAGUA